CAACUACAGCCAGACAUGAUAAUGCUUCGACUCGAACUUUACACUCGUCAUCCAUCAAUUCCAGUCGGCCAAUGUCUUUUUUUCGUAGAAUCUCUCGUCGGCUUCAUACUCAUCCCAACCGUCGUUUUGGUCGACAAAGAACCUCAAGUCCUAACAAUGUUACUUCUGUAGCUCCUUCUAUGACUUCAUCUGUACGUCGAGCUACUGUCGCUGCUACUCAUGCUGCAGCUGCUGCUACUGGUCCUCUUCCUCCAUUACCGUUUCUUCAUAUUGAUCCUCAUCCGUCCAAUAGUUCGGCCGCUUCCACAACUUCUGCCAUCUCUAAUGCUUCUGAUAUUUCACAAAUUAUUUCUGAAAUUAUAUCUACCGCUGUCUUGUCAUCAAUACCUUCUGCUCAUGGUGACAUUAACAACAACAACAACAACAACAAUUCCUCUAAUGGUAUAUUUGUUCAUGAUAGUACUUCAUUCUUCCGUUAUAUGCAAAUGCCAAUUCGAUCUCAGCAACAUCAUCACAACCACCACCAUCAACAAGAUCGUUCCUCUUCAACUGAUGAACAAUGGUCAACGAAUGGAGCUUCACCACAAACUGUUUUACCUAUAUUUAUUGUUGGUUAUCGUACCAAUGCAGUGGAUUCUUCUUCUCCUCCUACAACAGCAACAACGACUACUACUACUACUAAUAGUAAUACUCCUACUACUCCUACUUCCAAUGGUACAACUACUUCGACAGCUCCUCCACCUAUGCCAACUAUUCCCACAUAUCUACCAACUGGCCCUCGUUUACGUCGACCUCAUUCUGCCAUUUCAACCUCUUCUUCUUUAGCAACUUUGCAAUCUAUGCCAAUAUCUAUUCAAUCCAACCGUACCAAUCAUACUUCACAAACAGCUCUUCAUGCCCAACAGAACCAACAUCAUCCAUCCACAACAUCACUUCCUCAACAACAACAACAACAACAACAACAACAACAAUCACAGCCUCAGCAACAAAGGGAAUCGUUAGCAUCAUCAUCGGCUUCAUCCACUCGUUCUUCAUCAUCAUCAUCAACAGGAAGUGGACGUUGGUUAAUUUAUGUCUUAAGUGGUCAGCAUCAUCACUAUCCAUCUCCUACUUCAUCGAACAACAGUACAUCCACUCAUCCACUUUUACAACAUCCUGCUUUGGCCCGUCUCUCUGACAAUCCAACAUAUGAAGAUUUGCUUUGGUUAUCAAGUGUCUUGGGAUCUGCUCGUCCGGUGACGACUACACAACAUGCUAUUGAUGCGACUUUACCUAUUCAUUUAUGGUCGGACGAAACAACAAAGCGAACCAUGUUACAAGAUACAGAACGAUGUCUAGUGUGUUUGGAUGAUUUUACCCCGAAACAAUCUGUGCGUGUACUCAAGUGUCGUCAUGUCUUUCAUGUAGAAUGUGUUGAUCGUUGGCUUGUGGAAGCACAUAAUUCUUGUCCUGUAUGUCGUGGUGUUCCUGUUACUACUCCAGCUUCUCCUCCUGUUGCUUGAUAAUGGUCCUUUUUAUUAUUGUAUCAAUCCCUU